AUGGCUCUACAGGAUGUGUGUAAGUGGCAGUCCCCUGAAACCCAGGGACCAUCCACUCACCUGCCUCAGGCUGGUGACUGGGCUGUACCUCGUGGCUGUGACCUGCAAACCUUCCUGCAGAUGCAUGGCCCCAGGCUAGCCCAUGGCACCACCACCCUGGCCUUCCGCUUCCGACAUGGAGUCAUCGCUGCAGCCGACACACGUUCCUCCUGUGGCAGCUAUGUGGCCUGUCCAUCCUCGCUCAAGGUCAUCCCUGUGCACCAGCACCUCCUGGGUACCACCUCUGGUACCUCCGCUGACUGUGCCACAUGGUACCGAGUGCUACAGCGGGAGCUGCGGCUUCGGGAGCUGAGGGAGGGUCAGCUGCCCAGUGUGGCUAGUGCAGCCAAGCUCUUGUCAGUCAUGAUGUCCCGCUACCGGGGGCUGGAUCUGUGUGUGGCCACUGCCCUGUGUGGUUGGGACCGCUCUGGCCCUGCCCUCUUCUAUGUCUACAGCGAUGGUACCCGCCUGCAGGGGGACAUAUUCUCUGUGGGUUCCGGAUCUCCCUAUGCCUAUGGUGUGCUAGACCGCAGCUACCAUUAUGACAUGACCAUCCAGGAAGCCUAUGCCCUGGCCCGCUGCGCUGUGGCCCACGCCACCCACCGUGAUGCCUACUCAGGAGGCUCAGUUGACCUUUUCCACGUGCGGGAAAGUGGAUGGGAAUACGUGUCACGCAAUGAUGCCUGUGUGCUGUACAUGGAGCUGCAGAAGCUUCCAGAGCCAGAGCCAGAAGGGAAGACCAACCAGGCCCAUCCUGAGUCUAACAUUCCCCACAGAGCUGGGGAAUGUGGAAAAAUCUCUUCAGGGCCAGGGGAGCUGUCACCAGAAGACUCCAGGAUGCCAGCCAAAACUGAGACACUGUGA